CACACACACACACACACACACACACACACACACACACACACACACACACACACACACACACACACACACACACACACACACACACACACACACACACACACACACACAUUCAUAGAAAACAGUACAGCACUUCACGAAGUCUGACAUAAUCGGACGGUUUUCCCAGGAUUCAAUUAUUUUGUUGUGUCACCAGGAGCCACCUCACCGAUGAUGAAUCCUGAAUAUGACUACUUGUUCAAACUUCUUCUAAUCGGUGACUCUGGAGUCGGAAAGUCGUGUCUGCUGCUGCGCUUUGCGGAUGACACCUACACUGAGAGCUACAUCUCCACCAUCGGAGUGGACUUCAAGAUCAGGACCAUCGACAUGGACGGGAAAACAGUGAAGCUUCAGAUUUGGGACACAGCAGGUCAGGAAAGGUUUCGAACCAUCACCUCCAGCUACUACAGGGGAGCUCACGGCAUUAUCAUCGUCUACGACGUCACUGAGCAGGAGUCCUUUAACAACGUCAAGCAGUGGCUGGAAGAGAUCAAUCGCUACGCCUGUGAGAACGUCUCCAGGCUGCUCGUGGGAAACAAGUCGGACCUCAUUAGUAAGAAAGUGGUGGACCUCUCCACUGGGCAGGACCUGGCCUCCUCUCUGAAGAUCCCCUUCCUGGAGACGAGUGCAAAGAGCUCUGAUAACGUGGAGAGGGCUUUCCUCACCAUGGCCUCCGAAAUCCACAAGCGCGUGGCCACUGAGGGAGCGGGGAUGCAGGCGAAGUCCAAAGAGGCCAGGGCCCAGAGUGCCAAGAUCAACAGCGCCCCCCUGUGGCUGGGGGGGGAGAAGCAGACGCCGGAGGCCAGUAACUGCUGCUGAGCAGACUGACGUUCUGAAGAGAAACGAGUCAACUUAAAGUCAUCCACCUGUCCAGCCUCAGAACUAUGGACACACACAUAUUGUCAGAAUGUUGAGAGCUUUGCUGUCAAAUAAAUAAAACAUAUUUAUAUAUAUAUAUAUAUAUAUAUA